AAAUACUGUGAUAUAAAAAACAACAACAUUAAUUACAACAAAAUGGCAGCAGCACAAAUAUCAGAGAUGUCAAAAACCUACCAAUAUCGUAAAGUUAUGAAACCCAUGCUUGAGCGAAAGCGGCGCGCACGAAUUAAUAAGUGUUUAGAUGAAUUAAAGGAUUUAAUGGUUGCUACAUUAGAGUCGGAAGGUGAACAUGUUACACGCCUUGAAAAGGCGGAUAUUUUAGAACUAACUGUGACACAUCUACAAAAGCUCAGACAACAACGUAAACAAGCUGCUGCAAAAGGCAAUACGACAAUGUCACAGGCAGAAGGUUUUCGUUCUGGUUACAUACACGCUGUCAAUGAAGUAUCACGCUCGUUAUCUGAACUACCCGGAGUCAAUGUCAACUUAGGCACACAGCUUAUGACACAUCUUGGACAACGUUUAAAUCAAUUACAACCUGCUGUAAAGCCACCAGUACCUGUUACAUCACCACUCUCUGUGCACAUUGGUAAUGUCAAUUUUCGUGGGCAUUACUCUGUACCAAUUUCACCUAUAUCCAGUUACACCGGCAGUCCGAACUCAAGCAUCAGUAGUGAAAAGCAUACGCCUUUACUGGUUACUUGCCCUAACUCACCUAUAGAUGUUACAACUGUUGAUAUUAAUAUUGAUGUUGAAGAAGAAGAUAAUGUCUGGCGACCUUGGUAGAGUUUAAAACUUUGGAUAUAUGCAAAACAAACGACUCAGUGAAUAAAGUCUUCCAUGCGAACAAAGCGUUUAUGCUAUGUUUCGCACUUAAGUAAUUUAAUUGAUUAAGAAAAGCUUUAAAUAAGAGGCAUAUGCUGACUGCUUCAUACAAAUGCAGUUGAUG